AUGAAAUUGCCACUUUUCCUGUUAUUUCUGAUCGCAUCAGUGUAUGCAGUCGUCGAAUCAGUGACUUCUCUGGAUCAAUUUUAUGACAAGGUCAAUGAUUUUGACCCAACAAAUCCAAGAUAUGUUGUGGUGAAAUACUACACGAACUGGUGUCAUCACUGUAAAAAAUUAAAGCCUGUGUUUGAACAGUUGAGUGAGAGCCCCGUUUUGGAUCAGAUGCCUGUCAUUGACCCAGCGUUGACUAAAGGAAGUCAGUUUACAUUCUUUGAAGUAGAAUGUGAACUAUUUGGCAGUGUCUUAUGCAGUAGACUUGAAGGAUACCCAGCUGUUGAAGUGAUCAAACCACUUAGAGCCGAGUUAGAUAUCAAAAGGGGUGACGAAGGUAAGAACUGGUUCGGCCGUGUGAUACAUAGAAUUCUUAACGGUGGUCUCAACCCAAGAUGGGUGCUAGACAGUAGAAGGGUUGUGACGUUCGAGGGUAACAGAGAUCUUGACGUAUUUGAGAGGUUCCUUGAGCGUGUUGUUGAGCAAGAUCAAUGGGAAAGAUUAGUGGAUGUGAUUACCAGUGACGAAUGCCCUGCAGAAGAUGACUUGUGCAAGCAAGGUAGAGAAUACUACCUCUCAAUGUACGAUGAUGCUGAAUACGAGAAGAAGUUGGAAGAAUUGGAGAAAGAAAUCGCUGCUUCCACUAGUGUACCAAAAGAAUUGACCUUGAAGUAUCAAAUAUUGAACAAGAUAUAUGAAUUGAACCAUCCUACGACCUUUGUUGAGCCAGAGUUCGAUCCCGUCGAGGCAGCAAUGGCAGCUGGAAUGUUUAAAGACGAUUCCGAGCCUGAAUUGAAUACCCAAUUGAGACAGGAUGAAUUAUAG